AUGAGUAAAUUUAAAGCACCAUCAAAGUUCAACAAAGGAGUAAUAACAAUUGAUCCAGUUGCAAAUUUAAGUAAAUAUGUUGGUCCUAAUAUUAAUGAAUGUCAAAUAGUAAGUAAUGGUUCAUUAAAAGAUGAAGUUUGUGCAUUUUACCCCAUCCAGCAAAAUACCAAUGAUAAUUCUACAAAGGAAAAUACAUUUCAAAAACAAUCAAGACUUUCUAGAUUUUUAUACAAAUUUAAACACAAGUCAAGUAUAAGAGAGCCAAAGAAAUCAACCAAAGAAAGGUCUAAAACUAUAGCUAUUGGUGCAGAUGGAAAUAAUCUACAGAAUCAAACUACCUCUUGGAUUCGAAGAUUCUCCAAAAAUAAUAACAAUACAACACCACCAGUAAUACCAAUAGUCCCCAUAGAUAACCCAUCAAAUGAAGUUGAUAUUCCAGCAAAAUUAAAUGAUAUUUUCUCACCACCACCACAAGAAAAACCAAUGGAUACUAUAGAAAGUGUACAAAAUAGUGCUCACUCACAACAAAAUAAAUUAGAAUCAUUACCAACAGAUAAUAAAACAACCAGAACUUCAAAAUCAAGACUGUUUAGUAUUAAUACUUUUUAUAAUAAUCUGUUUUUCAAAACUGGUGGAAGAUUACCUAUAAGUUAUGAUAAUUCUCAAAUUACUGAUGAAACAAUUACUUAA